UUUUUUUUCUUUUUUUUCUUCUUCUUCUUCUUUGCUUCUUUACUUCUUUACUUCUUUACUUUCUCUUCUUUUAUAUAUUAAAAAUGAUAAACUAUUACCAUUAUUCUUCGCCUUUCCUUAUUUUGAUUUUUCAUAUAUUAGCCUUUUUAUCCGUCCCCUAUGUUUUAUAUGCUAUCAAUUUUGGUGAAGUUAUACCGAGACUAGCCUAUGAAAUGAAUCUUGAUUUUUACAUGUAUAAAAUGGAACCUGCUCUUGUAUGUUUGGCCUUAGGUACUGCUUAUUAUGUUUUCUUUGAGAUUAUAUUUGAUAUACUUGAAGCUUGUAAAAAAUGGAAAUCUACAGUUUAUAUAAAUACGAAUCAAGAUAUUAUUCGUGCUUAUCCUGUCUUUUUUGCUAGACUUGAAAUGGCCCUACGUCAAAUACGUAGAAAUUAUCCACCCUUUGUGGUUAGUUUAUUCUUAUUAUAUGGAAACACAACAAGAUUUGAUAAUUUAAUAAACAGUAUUAUGUAUCUGCAAACAUGGAUGUUUAUGAUUCAACCAAUAAUGACAUUAUAUCAUAAAUCAUAUCCAGGUUUACUUUCUCAAUAUUUUUAUCGUACUGUCUUGAUUUGGACAUUAUAUUAUGCUGUAUUUCCUCAACAAGCCAAAUAUUAUAUGACAGAAAUGACAAGCCAUUUUGGACCUUCAUCACGACAUCAUCAUUAUCACCGUCAUAUAUCAACUAUUUAUCCUACAAACAAUUAUAAUAAUUACUGUGGUUAUAAUAAGCAACAACAAUGGAUACUUUAAAAAUCAGAAAAAAAAACAAAAAAAAACACGACUAUUAUUAUUAUUAUUUAUAUUUAUGUUAAAG